AUUUAUAUUUGCACUUUUCUGAGGCGCAGUGGUCUCACAUACGGCGGUGGAGAAAAUAACUCAAUUAUUUUGACAGAUUAGAUUUCCUACCGGACUCCUCUCUGGUCAGCUCAGUCUUUGGGACUUGAGUCUCUCCGGCAGCAGGAGCUCUUCCACAGCCUGCAACUUGCAAAUCAAUUAUGCGUCAGCUCGCUGCUGAUUGGCCCAGCGGUGUUAUUGUCAUGACAAACGCGGCGGGGUGGGCAGAGAUGACAAGCACGAAAUCCAUUGACGAACUGCUGGGAGGACUGGGAGGUAAAUUCAUUUCUUGCUGAAGUCGCACACUGGUCCUGAGGUGGAAAUCUGUUGCUCCUGAGGAAGAAUGUACUGCAGGAGUGUUUGCUGUCACCGCUGGUCAUCUGAGGAGAGGUUGGAUGGGAAAACAGUCAUCAUCACCGGGGCCAACACUGGUAUUGGAAAAGAAACAGCCAGGGAUCUGGCAAGAAGAGGCGCCCGCAUCAUCAUGGCGUGCAGAGACCUGGAGAGGGCAGAGGAGGCCCGCACGGACAUUUUAGAAGACACAGGAAAUGAGAAUGUGGUCAUCAGGAAACUGGAUCUCUCUGACAGCAAGUCCAUCAAAACAUUUGCUGAACUUAUCAACAAAGAGGAGAAACAAAUAAAUAUUCUGAUAAACAAUGCAGGCGUCAUGAUGUGUCCCUACUCGAAGACUGCUGACGGAUUUGAAAUGCAGUUAGGCGUCAAUCAUUUGGGUCAUUUUCUGCUAACUUACCUGCUGCUGGACCUCAUUAAGCAUUCAACUCCUGCCCGUAUUGUCAUAGUUGCAUCAGUGGCCCACACCUGGACUGGACUUCAUCUGGAUGACAUCAAUAGUGAAAGGAGCUAUGAUACCAUGAAGGCUUAUGGGCAGAGCAAGCUGGCUAACGUCCUCUUUGCACGCUCACUUGCCAAACAGUUAAAAGGUACAGGGGUGAGCGUGUUCUCUCUGCACCCGGGGGUGGUGCAGUCUGACCUGUGGAGGCAUCAGCACCAAUGUAUCCAGGUGGCAGUGAAGAUCUUCAGGAUUUUCACUAAGACAACACUGGAGGGAGCACAGACCACCAUCUACUGUGCAGUGGAGCCAGGCCUGGAGAGCCAGAGCGGAGGUUACUUCAGUGACUGCGCUCCUGCAAGGUGCUCAAGAACAGCUUCUGAUGAUGAAUUGGCCCAAAAGCUGUGGGAGAUCAGCUGCAACAUGCUUGGCAUCACCUGGCAGUGAACAGUGACACAUUAACUGUAGAGUGAAGGACAUUGUAUCAUCUUUUAAACAGCACUUCUACGCACUUUUAUAGAGGCAUCAAUGUAACUGUUGUGAAACAGGUGUAUUUAAUGACUAAGAGCACAAUACAGGGUAAAAGUCGCUGGAUCACUACCAAGAGUUCCUUUAUUUUAUAAAAUCUCAAGAUGUAUCUGACAUUUUAGUCAAAAUUGUAUUCAUUAAACAGGACUGCAUGAUGAAACAGUCUUUUUACUAUGUGGACAUUCCUUGUUUAGACAGUUUUGUAUCUUGAGUGCAGAUGCUGUUCCAUCUUGUAAGCUUGUAAAAAUGUUUGCCAGCCAACUUGUUUUGGAUGAAAAUGACUUAAAAGUCUCUCUUAAAUGCCCUUUAAAAACUUAAAGUUUGAAUGUGGCGGGGGGAUAGUAACGAGAACAAUACGGCUCUAAACUCUACAAAUGCCAUUUUAAAAGUCACAUCUGUAUAAAAUACUGCAGAUCAAUAUUGUGGUUGUUUGUUAAAGCACUUAGAUGACUGUUGAUAUAAAGUGAGUCCUGUUUUGCUUUUGUAUCACUUUAAGAAUUAAAAUGUGCACUUAUAUUAAUCAGUACAGUAAAACAUGAGACAAUUAGCUCUAAAAUGAUUCUUUUUUUUUUUCAUUGAACUGUUUCAUUGAACAGCGUUUUAUCAUUCAGUCUGCCUUUUCAGAUGCCUUUCUGUUAGAUGAGGAAGGAAAACCGAAAACUUGUUGAUGUAACAAUAUGUACAUAAUGUAAAAAAUAAACGUGAUAG